CCACUGCGAUGGGCGUGGUCGACUCUAUGGUGGCUACAGUAUAACCCAAAUUGCUGAAGUCGACGGCUUACAAAUGACCUAUCCGUUUGGUUUCUUCACCUCUGGCAUUCUGCCAUACCUGCCAUUCUACCCGUACACUCCACUACCGCCAAAGAAGGCGUCACAUUUUAUCAAAGACAUUCUCGGAGUCAACGACGACACUCCAAAACUUGACGAUUUUGGGAGGAGUGUAGAAAACGCAGCCCCAUCAGAAAACAACAACAGGCCGAUCAAAAAGAAAAAGGCCAGAACGACGUUUAGUGGAAGACAGAUAUUUGAGUUGGAAAGGCAUGUCUAUGCAUCAGGUCACAGGACAAACGUGUGCGAUAAGCACUCAAAAGAGGAAAAAAAGCGCUUUACUAAAAAAGGCAGUUUUAAAUCAGCUAUGCAAAGAUUUUUGAAGGAGCUUGUAUUCCAAUAGAU